AGAAAAAGCAUUAUAAAACAGAAAUGCAGAACAAAUAUGAAAGAAACUUAGCCAUAAUGCGCGUGAAAGUGUGGAGAAUCCUCUUCUCACGAGAAACAAGUCAGGGGUGACACAGACGAAGGCCUUAAUUUUUAAGAGAGAAUCAAGACGGGCCGUUUAUAAUAUAUUUGAGCCGUGCUAGUGCGGCGAGAUAACAGUCGAUGGGAACGGCUAGGGCGGCAGAUAACGGUCGAUGGGAACGGCUACAGCCGCACGAUAACUGUCGAUGGGAACAGCGGACCCCGUGAACCAAAAAUGUUGAGUCGUGUACGUAAUGGUAUAAUGGGAAAGCUUUUUCUAAACAUAUUGGUGUUUGGGUUUAGAAAACUGUAUAAAUAAGGGAGCUUCAGCUCCGGAUGUUAGAUCACUUUUGAGACUCUCAACGGUGUGGAUCUCGUGUGGUGGAACGGAACAAUAAAACUUGGGCCUUGCUUUUCCUCACUCUCUGGUUCCGUGUGGUACUUUACUCUGUACCCGGAAAAUUGGUUGUAAGUAUACUUGAUUUUGUAAAUAACUUAUAAUAGUAAGUGUGUAGUGGUCAGAAUUUUAGCCCACAGUUUUUAAUGGGAGUAAACGCUUCAAAGUGAUUUUCACGCAACAUUACAGCAGGUGGCACUAAUGAGCCACUAAUAUCAGGACACUCGAAGAAGAAGAAGAAGGAGAAGAAGAAGAAGAAGAAGAAGAAGAAGAAGCGAGCUGAAAAAAAUACUUUAGUAAUUUAGUAUAAAUAUUUAGUAUAUAGUUAUUUAUUUAUUUAUUUAUUUAUUUAUAAUGUAUAUAUUUAUUAUUAUUAUUUUUAAUGUUUUUAUGUUUUUUUUUCUUUUUUCCCCUCUGCCAAUCUCCUGCCCACACUCCAGUCCAGUAGGUGGCGAUAAUGUACCUUAAGUCGGUUUGCCAACCGCCAUUAAAACCAAAAGAAGAAGAAGAAGACAGCUGAUCCUUUAACCCACUUUCGUGUUCGGCUUUUGUUUUCAGUAUUAUAAAGUUAUUAAAAGCAAGACAUGAUGUGAAAACAGAAUUACAGGAGUCCAUAAGGAAGAUAUACGAGAUAAGCAGCCGAGUCGAAACACAUUAUAGUCACACCUUACGCCUGCACGUGUGUGUGAGAGAGAGCGAGAGAGAUGGAGCAAGCAGUGGUGGAUAGCCCAGUGGUCCUGGUCAUUAAAGCGCCCGAUCAGAAGUACGACGAUCAAACCAUCAGCUGCUUCCUCAACUGGACGGUGGAGAAACUGAAGAGCCAUCUUUCCAACGUUUAUCCCAGCAAACCUCGCUCAAAGGAUCAGAGGUUGGUGUACUCUGGAAAGCUCCUCCAGGAUCACUGUACACUCCGCGACGUGCUCAGAAAGCAGGACGAGUUCCACAUGCUGCAUCUGGUGUGUGCUUCACGCAGUCCCCCUCCCUCACCCAGCACACGCAGGAGAAACCAGCCACCGAACUCUAACAGCUCCAGAAGUCCCGCCCCUAGAAAUAACGUCCAAUCAGCUUCCUCAGAAGAGGCUCCUGAUAGGCUGAGUCUGAGCUCUAGUUCCAACUACUAUACCCAUCCAUCAUCACACGGGUCUGUGUGGACUCAGUGGAUUAACCAGCAGCGACACAAUGCCAACACGCCUCACUACCCCAUGUACAACCCACACACCCUGCUGUGGUGGCAGCAGCUCUACACCUGGCACUGCCACAUGACCUAUCAAACGUGGGUCGCCUCGCUCAGACCCUCUCAGCAAUCAGCCACACCCCCAGUUCCUCCUAUCAGAGAGGCGCAGGCCGUUGCCCAUGACAACCCCCGGAACGCUCCGGUUGGAGCGGGUCUGAACGAGGAGGAUCUGAACCGUGAUUGGCUGGACUGGGUGUACGCAGUGUCUCGAGCGGUCGUCCUCCUCAGCCUUGUCUAUUUCUAUUCAUCGUUCAGCCGAUUCGUCAUGGUAACAGGAGCCAUGCUGCUGCUCUACCUGCAUCAGGCGGGUUGGUUACCCUUUAACCUGGACAACGAGCUGCAGGACCUCGCCGAACCGGCCAAUCACAAUCAGGAUGAGCCAAACGCAGACAAUCGCAACAACACGGAUCGGCUGACGGAUGAAGACGAGGAUGAGGAGGAGCAGCGAGAGGGACCUGAUGAUGAUUAUGAGGACGAUGCUGAUGAUGAUGAUGAUGAUGUUGAUGAUGAUGACGAUGACGAGGGAUGGGUGAACAUGGGAUUCCUCUCCUCCACUUGGUCUUUCAUCACCACCUUCUUUGCAUCUCUGAUUCCCGAGGCCAUUCCCAAUGCAGUGAACUGACCCUGAGCUCCACCCCUGACCAUAAGCUCCACCCCUUAUGCUGAGCUCCACCCCUGACCCUGAUCUCCACCCCUGACACCAAGAAAUCUCUCCAUCUCUUAAACGGCCCUACCAAAAAAAAAUGACCAGGAAGAGCAUAUCCGGACACACCUCACCAAAUAUCUGUGAUAUAGGAAGCAGUGAGUGUGAUAAAUAAACAUCUCUCUCUCACACACACACACACACACACGCACAGUAUUUCAUGAACGAAUUAUGAAGACUGAUCCUCAACCUUAUGAAAAGUGGCUCAAACCAUGGACUGGUUAGCUUUUAAAAUAGCAUUUUAUAAUCCUCUUGCGUGUUUCUGUCCUUUUAACACGUCUCUUGUAAUUCAGAAUCGUUCUUCGAGCCUCGGGACGUGGGACGGCGAACAAACCACAGCGUCUGUGCACUUUAUAUUUCUAUUAAAAAAAAAAAAUCAAGUGUGUGUCGGUGUGUGUCUUAACAAUAGCUGUCCCACUUCCCGCUGUUUUUAAACACUGAUGAUAACACAAAAUGUCUUUCAGCAUUUUUUUAGAUUCAUUUUUAAUCCUUCACACACUUGUUCAUGUCUCAUCUUGCAUUGUCUUCAUUUACCCAAAGGCUUUUCACACACGGUUUCGAAAACGGCUGCAGAGGAAGUCGAAGCUUUUCUGAAAACCGACCGUGAAUGUGUCAGCCUUAUUUUAUUUUAAUUUUUUUAAGAAUGAAAGAGAUGUCUGCAGUUCAUUGAAAACUCGACAGGAUUUUUUAAGGAUGUUUAACGAUUAUGCAUUAAGUGGGAGGGGAAUGAAUAAAAAGCUACACAAAGAUUUAACAGAGACGUUAACGUCUUAGCGAGAGGCUAAUUCUUAUCGGAACAUAAUUACCCAAAUUCAAAUUCUAUGAGUACAAGAUUCAUUUGUUGAAAGUCAAAAGGUGAACCACUUUAGAUUUGCAUGUAACAUACAACACACACUCACCGGCCAUUUUAAUAGGAACACCUGUACCCCUGCUCAUUCAUGCAAGCAGGCAGUCAUGCCCCAGCAAAACAAAACAAUCCAAUCUAUUCGUCGACUGUCCAGUUUCCGUGAGCCUUUGCCUGUUCUCGGCCUGACCCCGAUGUGGUCUUCUGCUGUUGUAGCCCAUCUGCCUCAAGGUGAUGCUUUUCUGCUCACCACGGUUGUAAAGAGUGCUUAUUUGAAUUACCGCAUCCAUCCCGUCAACUCAAACCAUUCUGUGUGAUUGGAUAAUUGCAUGAAUCAGCAGGUGUAAACUAGUCGGUUCGUAUAAGGAAUAGCUUUACCUUUAGACUAUUUUCAAAUAAUGAAGUGUUUGGGGAUCACAUUCAAACAUCUUAUUACACGUGGAUGGGUCAGUAUUGGUUUAUUCACCCGGGGUAGUGAACCAUGGUCCGUUUAUUUUUGCCGAAGAGUGUGUGUGUGUGUGUGUUUCUCGCUGUUUCAGACCCUCGCGGUAUUAAAGUCAGUCAAGAUGCCGUAAGUAAAUUUGCAGUAAAAUUUUAGAAAUUUGAGUUGGUUACGAGGCAGUGAAGCGAAAAAUCCAAACGAUUGGCCCCUGUGAAUGUCCCACUGUCAGUUCCUAUUCAAUAGAAAACUUAUAACCAAAGUCCCAUCUUUUGUUAUAAUUGGGGAUGCACCGAAUGUUCGGCAACCGAAAUUAUUCGGCCGGAUAAGUGAAAAGGCCGAAUAAAUUUGACCGAACAAUGACGUGUUUGAUGACGCGACCAAAUAGCCUAGCAACCAGAGUGAGACGCGCGAAUGUCACGACCUCGAUGAGGGGGCGUGCACAUGCACGAGCUGUGGACACGUGCGUUUGUUUUGUUUCUGUUCCGGAGCAUGUUUCUGUCACGUGCGAGACGUAAGGGAGUAGAGUACGGAAGCAGGUAAAGACGUAUUUAUUUAAGGGCAGGCAGACAAAUCCUAUAUCUACUAUAAUACUCCACGAGGUGUACAGGGAUGCGAGCGGUAUAUAUCCCCUAUAUAAUCAGCCGUAUAGAACCGAAUAGAACCAUUUUCUGCACUCUUGUCAAUGUACUUUUUAAUGCAUUUUUAGUUGUAGGCUACAGAGUGUUCCAUUCUUUCAGCAGUCAGUUAUAGGCCUAACAUCGGCUAUUCAAGGGGGGCUCAAAGAUGACCACAUCAAAAUAUUUUUAUUUUACUGAUUUAUUUAUUUAAAGUUAUAUUGUGCCUUGUUGGUAGCCUAUGCCUGCUGGAAUGAAAAAAAAAUGUUCAGUGUUAAAUAAAUAUUUUGAAAUUGUAGUUUUUGUAAUUGAUUUUUUUCUUUGAAAAGCAAGACAAAAUAAAAAAAGCACGUUUUGACUAUUUAAUUUAUGCAAUGGUGAAAACACGAAAAAAAACCUGUUCGGUAUUCGGCCUUCGGCUUUCGGACAAGUUUUUCUUUAUAUUCGGUUUCGGCUUUGGCCAAGAAUUUUCAUUUCGGUGCAUCCCUAAUUAUAAUAGUAAAAAACGUUUAAAGCAGAAUUAACAUGGUGGUAUAUAGUGUAUAAAUUAUAUGGUGAAUUUAGAAUACCUUGAUUUCUUAUCUGAUUUCUGAGCCAUGCGUUAGACAAAUCUGGACUAACAUGGGAGCAGCUGGAGCGUGCUCGAUCUUCAUUUGAGCUCCCAAAACCUUCAGCUUACUAUGUAGGGUUGGUAAUUAAGAAAUGAGCAUAACGUGUUCGCAGUGUGAUAAGUCUCUGUGAUUGUACACCUGUAGCAUGGAAAUGGCUUUUCAGUUCAAACUGGAAUGGAGUGUGUGCAUGUGUGGUGGUGUAAACUCCAAACCUUUUAUUCUCAAGUACUUUAGUGUUUGUUUGAUUGAAUUUCUGAAUUGGUUCAGAAAGACGGCAGUGUAGGGUGCACGGUGGCUUAGUGGUUAGCACAUUCGCCUCACACCUCCAGGGUCGGGGGUUUGAGUCCCACCGUGGCCCUGUGUGUGCGGAGUUCGCAUGUUCUCCCCGUGCUGUGGGGGUUUCCUCCGGGUACUCUGGUUUCCUCCCCCAGACCAAAGACAUGCAUGGUAGGCUGAUUGGCCGUGAAAAGGAUAAGCGGUAUAGAAGAUGGAUGGAUGGAGACGGCAGUGUUGUUAACAUCAACCAGUCAUUUGGCAGCUGAGCGGGAAUCUGAGGCUCCAGUGGGCACCCUUUGAAGGUUAGAAACACUUCUUCUGAACUUUUUACAACAUUACAAACGGGUCGGUUUUGGUGAGCCUGUGCCCGCUUGUCUGUCAGGACUGGAACCUGAUGUGGCCACCUUCUGUUAUAGCCUGUGUUGUGUGUUUUGGGAUGCUUUUCUGCUCGGCUGUAAAGAGUGCCUAUUGAAGUUACCAUAGACUUCGUGUCAGGUCGAAGCAGUCUGGCAGUUUUCCUCUGACCUCACUCAUGUCAUUCAGUCACCAAGCAAAUUACAAUAUCUACUGUUAGAGUUCUACAAAAGGUAUGGUUUAAAAAAAUACUUCAUUCAGACACGUAUUUCACGACCAUCAUUAUCUUUUUAACAAGACGAUGUUGUCCUGUCUGAAAUGAUCUCCUAGUUUGGGCUAGAAAUUAAUGAAACAAUGUAAACAGUGUGAUUGUUGCGGCCAAAAAUGCUUGUUUUUCCUGUGGCUUUUUAAAAAAAAUUUGCACAAUUGUUUGUGGUUUUUUUUUUGGCGGGAAAACCACAUGAAUUGGCUAAAUAGUUUUGCACUGUCUUUCGCAGUGAUGUGUGUUGGUAAACGAGACCUUUUAGCUGUACUCGUGUUCGCCGCGCGUGAAUCGAAGAGGUGAUGACGUCACAUGAUGCGUCUCUACGGAAAAUCUGCGGUAAUUUGAAAGUUCAUUUUGCAGAGUCUCCUUGAUUUUGCGUUCAUUUCUGAGAUCCUGGAGGGACUGUUUUAUAGUUUUGGUUUUUGAUGAAUAUGCCUAAAAGGUCGGAAUAUUCCAGGAUACGUGACACGCAAGAGAGAUGGGUGAAACUCAUUUGGGGAUUUCUAGCCAACAGUUUUGCACAACUGUAUGAAACUUUAUAUACUCAAAGCCAUAAUCUCAGAAUUUGAGGAUAAUGACUGUGUACAUGCACAUCAAUAUUCAGAUAUUAAUCGUAAUUUGACAAUAUUAGUAUCGAGUCCUGUGAACGCCGCAAUCCGAUUACCCGAUUCAGAUAAGACAAUAUUCCGUUUCCCGCCCGUUUUAAUCGGAAAUUCCUCGCAUGUAAACACCUUAUUGAGAAAAUCCACUGAAAGGAGAUAUAUGCGCAUGCUCAAUCUGCAAGGAAUUGUGGGUGCUAGCAGAUGCUUAGCUGUAGAGUAGGUAUUCAGGAACGGCAACUCAGGCGUACUUACAACAACCCCAUAUACAGGUAUAUUCAGAUGCCUGUACGCAUAUAACCAUCGUAUUCGGAAUACGGCUUCAACCCGAAUACAGACCUUAAACAGAAUUUGAUGCGCAUGUAAACGUAGCCAGUGUCAUUAUGUUCUCAGUAUAAACCAAAAGCAUUCGGUUUAAAUAGAAACCAGAUGUCAGCGCCUAAACCACUCGGGAGUGACCGUGCACAAGCUACACAUUCGAGACUGGAUUUGCACAUCUGGACUUAACUCAUAAUCAUAAAUGUAUUAAAAAAAAAAAAAAAACGGUUCAAAUACAAGAUGCAGUCUGACUCUUGGCCAUUUCAUAUAUAAGUUACUUGUGCAUUGAUUUGUGAACGCAUCAAAAUAUCCUUUUAAUUUUAUUGACAGAUUUUUCAUCCCACAACGAUGUCAUCAGGCUUGCUGUAUUGAUUGUACUAUAUUUAUUAUGACAAUUUUGACUAAAAUGAAAUAAACUUUUUUUUUUUUUAAUCGAAAAUGCUUUGUGAAUUAUACACAAGAACAAAGAGUUAUUGAAGUCAAAUUUAUCACCUCUUGUGUGACCGUGAAAUAAAAACCCCGACUAUACAGAAUACACUUUUAUUACUUUAUAUGUAUAAUUUAUUUAUUUUAAACAAACUAAACUAUUACUGUAUUAUUGCACAGAUAUAUGUAGUACAACACACUCUCCCCUGCGUAUCCAGACUCACCGAGCUGCAUUAACAGUGUGUGAUGCUACACGUACACUAGUGUAUGAAGUCGUAUACAGUGACAGACAAACACACUCUUUUUAACACAAUAGCAAAACAUUUAUGCACAUAACGCAACCUAUUCAGAGCUGCAGGGACAAAUAUUCAGGAAAGAACGUUUCAAAAUGACUUGGCACACAGUACACACACACACACACACACACACACACACACACACACAAACUAGGCUGGGAUACACUGACACGGUCUCACACCAGAAAAAGUGCUUUGGAAACAUCAUGACCAUGAACACACAGAGCAUGGAUAUUAAUUCUAUAUAAUAUUUGGAGUAAUACUAUAUAAGAUGUAUACGUCUGGGAAAGAUCAUUACUGAA